AUGGCGGCUGAGAUGACCUGCAACAUGAGGAUUGAUCUGACCAGACAGUGUUAUUCUUAUGAUCCAACAUCAAAUCCCAAUAUUCAGGUGACACAAAAGCUUUGGUGCUCACUGAACUCAAACACAGCCGAGUGUUUAAACCCUCCGUAUGUUUAUAACAGCUCAUCAAACACCAGCUCAGACUUUGAGUACGCUGGAGACGACAAAUCAAACUGCACUUUAUUAAUCCACAAUCUACAGUUCAGUUAUUCUGGAGAGUACAGAUUCAGAUUUAUAACUGCUAAUCCUGAUGACAGAUACACAGGUGUUCCUGGAGCGACUCUACAAGUUGCAGAUUUAAAGGUGUCACUAAUCAGGCUCAGUGGAAACGGGACCCUUAAACAAGGAGACUCGUUAAAUCUGACGUGUGAUGUGAACUGCACACACAGUUCCUCACAGUUCAUGUGGUCUAAGAACAACAAGCUCUUACCUGAAUCAGGACCCGUUCUUCACUUUCCUGCUCUAACCGUGAGGGAUUCUGGGAAUUACACCUGCACUUGGAAAACCAACGAGGCCUCAAGAUCUGAAACGAUCAGCCUUCACGUCGAGGGUGAAAAUCCUGAUCAGUGGUUAAUCUGGAUCAUUGUCUCGGUGUCAGUUGGAGUGAUUUUCAUCGUCUCAGUCAUCGUAGGAGCUGUGAUUUACAGGAGUGUCCACACUGAGCAGCAGAAGAAGGAGGACGCUGCUGAUAUCUACGUUAACGUCCAAGAGAAUGAGGAUGGUGCUAAUAUCUACGCGAAUGUCCAGAAGGAGGAGGACGGUGAUGGUGUUCUCACUCAGGACAAAAGUCGUUGGUCUGUGAAAUAUCCUGAUAAUCCGAUCUGUGCUGUGAGAGGAUUCAGUGUCUCCAUUCCCUGCAGUUAUUAUUAUGAUCCAACAUCAAAUCCUAAUAUUCAGUUGAGGAAAAAGUUUUGGUGCUCAAUGAACUCAAACACAGAUUUCUGUUUAAACCCUCCGUAUGUUUAUAACAGCUCAUCAAACACCAACUCAGACUUUGAGUCCGCUGGAGACGACAAAUCAAACUGCACUUUAUUAAUCCACAAUCUACAGUUCAGUUAUUCUGGAGAGUACAGAUUCAGAUUUAUAACUGCUAAUCCUGAUGACAGACGGACAGGUGAUCCUGGAGCGACUCUACAAGUUGCAGAUUUAAAGGUGUCACUAAUCAGGCUCAGUGGAAACGGGACCCUUAAACAAGGAGACUCGUUAAAUCUGACGUGUGAUGUGAACUGCACACACAGUUCCUCACAGUUCAUGUGGUCUAAGAACAACAAGCUCUUACCUGAAUCAGGACCCGUUCUUCACUUUCCUGCUCUAACCGUGAGGGAUUCUGGGAAUUACACCUGCACUUGGAAAACCAACGAGGCCUCAAGAUCUGAAACGAUCAGCCUUCACGUCGAGGGUGGACGUUGGUCUGUGAAAUAUCCUGAUAAUCCGAUCUGUGCUGUGAGAGGAUUCAGUGUCUCCAUUCCCUGCAGUUAUUCUUAUGAUCCAAAAGCAAAUCCCAAUAUUCAGUUGAGGAAAAAGUUUUGGUGCUCACUGAACUCAAACACAGGCACGUGUGUAAACCCUCCGUAUGUUUAUGACAGCUCAUCAAACACCAACUCAGACUUUGAGUACGCUGGAGACGACAAAUCAAACUGCACUUUAUUAAUCCACAAUCUACAGUUCAGUUAUUCUGGAGAGUACAGAUUCAGAUUUAUAACUGCUAAUCCUGAGGACAGAUGGACAGGUGUUCCUGGAGCGACUCUACAAGUUGCAGAUUUAAAGGUGUCACUAAUCAGGCUCAGUGGAAACGGGACCCUUAAACAAGGAGACUCGUUAAAUCUGAUGUGUGAUGUGAACUGCAGACACAGUUCCUCACAGUUCAUGUGGUCUAAGAACAACGAGCUCUUACCUGAAUCAGGACCCGUUCUUCACUUUCCUGCUCUAACCGUGAGGGAUUCUGGGAAGUACACCUGCACUUGGAAAACCAACGAGGCCUCAGAAUCUGAAACGAUCAGCCUUCACGUCGAGGGUGAAAAUCCUGAUCAGUGGUUAAUCUGGAUCAUUGUCUCGGUGUCAGUUGGAGUGAUUUUCAUCGUCUCAGUCAUCGUAGGAGCUGUGAUUUACAUCAGGAGAUGUGAGGAGCUGAAGGAGGACGAUUCAGACAUCUACACCACAGUACAGUACAAUACAUUCACCAUCAACUGAUCACACUUUCACACCUCACUUACUUCAUCCCAGACUUCGGUGUGUGUGUGUGUGUGUGUGUGU